AACAGUUUUAUUUUUGGAGCGCCCACGGGCACGGUGGCUCGCUCCCUAAGGCUCUAGUUCACUUCAGGAUGAGACGGCCCGGUGGCACUCUGAGCCGGGAUUAACAAGCAGAGAGCAUUUUGUCCCGACAGCCGCUCGCCGAAGUUUUCAGCCUGACCAGCUGAACACAAGCUGUUUCCACUUUGGGAGUCGGAAAUGCUGAUGGAAGUCAGCUACAGUAACGGGCUGGAGCCUGACCUUUCCCAGCAGUAUCCUCCGCCCUUGCUGCCAAAACCAGGCAAAGACAAUGCACGGCUUCAGAAACUCAAGAAGAAGAGAACCAAGAAAAAAGGCAGUCUCUCUCAGACGCCCGUCCCCUUUCGCUCCUGUUUGUCGCCGGUCAACGAAGCGAGCACGGACCUCGAGCACAGCGAUCAGUCCAGCCCACCGAGGACACCAGAAUCAGUCUACAUUGCGGACUCAUCACUGUCUGGUUUUCCCGUAGGAUCCCUUUUCGAUCACUCUGCAUUUCCUGAUCAUCAGAGCAGCUUCCAACCUCAGUCUAACACAACUCAGAUCAGGGCUUCUGAAGAGCUGGUGGCUCCACUGUACGAGUGCUCUUCUUUAUUAUUCGAUGACGAAACCCCGUUCAUGAUGCCACCUUCAGCUUCACCACCCUCAUCACCACCUGAGCAGCUCCCCGCACUACCUCCUCAUUCUGCUUUUAAUGUAAACAUGACACCGAAUUCCCAUAGGUCAGUCACAACAGUCUCUUCUGCCACUGUGUUGCAGUCCAACCCUAAAAUAUCAACUCACAGCCUGACCCUAUCCCCAGCUGCCCCCAACUGUGGCCCAGGCCUGACACCGUCUCAAGUUGCAGACCUACCUCCUGUUCCGGUGCUGCUAUCACUUUCAAACAACCAGACGCAACCUUUUGUUCCCAGCCAGAGGGAGACAAACGCCACCUUAAAGGACAGCCCUCAAACUCAGACGUCGUCUUGGAUUGCCAGAUCUACCAGUAAUGGCAACGCUGCUCCAAACCAGAUGCUCUCUGAGAUAACUGCCUCAAAGAUAUCCCUUGUUGAAGCGGUGAAAGAGUCAAAACCUGAUGCCCCACAAACCAGGAUUUAUACCUCAAGGGCAACAUUUUAUGAGAUCUCUAAACCCCCCUCAAUACAGGACCUUACAGUAUUAAACCCAACCUACCAUGGAGCAUCAUUAUCUGCCACAUAUAGAGACAAAACAACUGUGCCCGUCUUGAAAACCGAUCAGAAAAUGUCUGUAACCAGGACCCAAAGUGGAAGACCUAAGACCCCCUCUUGCAGACCUUCUCAAGUAUCCACACCCACUUUUGAAAUAUCCAAACCUAACCCGCUUUUAUUUGCUGCAAGUCCUGCUUUCAACUGCUCUCAAGAUUUACAAGCUCUUGCUAUUGCUAAUGAGACUCCACAGCAUAAAUUAAUAAUUCAAGCUAGUGUUAAAAGUAGUAAACCUCCUUCUUCUACAGAAGAGCUGAAGCUAACUGAUGCUAAUCAAAUAACUUCCAUCAAGCAAAGCAGCAAUUACAAAGAGAUAGAGAACCAGCCCACUCGAAGGAGUACAAUAAAUGUAAGUGUUGCCAAUACUGAACUGUUUCCCAGAGAGAAUUUAGCAUCAAGAAUCAAUGCACCGGAAUCUACUGUGGUCAAACCAACAUUGAUGGAACCUGUCACCCCACAGCUAAAAACAGACCAAGUCGCAGGAAGUGAAGCUUCAUCUUUUCCAAAGGUUCCAUCAUUUUCGUCUGUUCCCAACACCGCCGAUCUCAAACCAACACUGGUGAUUUCAACGCAAGCACCAACAAGCCCAAGCCCCCUUUUGACCACGAAUCGUCCUCCUGUGUUUGAGGCACGCAAGUCCUUGACAUCCUUAUUGGAAACUCAAAUGACAUUAGCGACCUCCAAGCCCAAAUCCCGAUCGACUUAUUAUGGCCUUACGCCAUCUGAGUAUGCUGCCUUUGGUGGAAUUAGGACUGUGGCAGCACAUCACAGCCCUGUGCCCUGCAGGGCUAAUGAAACCUUGUUAAACAAAUCACAGUCGGAAGCAGCUGUUGAUGUAUCACACAUCUCUAAGUCUGAUGCAACAAAACAAAUCAAUGGAAAUCAAGAUCUUCUCUCUUCAGUGGAGGUUUCUGCUGCUCACAGUUUCCAACCUCCAAAGGAUUCAGAACGUCCAGCGGAACUGAUGGUCACAUAUAGCAAAGAUCUGUUUGAGGAAAGUCACUCAGAAGCUCAAAGUAUUGGAAUACAAUCACUUAAAACAUCUAAUGUGGACACAGUAAAACCUGAGUUUCCUCUUGGCUUGUCACAGAAAACAAUGCAGCAAUCCACAAGUGACGUGUCCACACCACAAGCCUCAUACUCUGAGGCUCCAAUACCUAAAGCAGGUGAGGUACACGCACAAAGUGCAGCACUAUUUUCUUUAGCUAAAUCAUUAUAUACAACCCCACGCCUGACUGACAGCAGUGGACAGUUUAGUUCUUCCUCAACCUUAGUGAAAAUAGAUUCAAAUGCAGAAACACAGGUGAUCGCAAAAGGGAAAGAUGCUGAUCAUAUAAACCAGGUUGUUCAAUCUCUUGCUAUAGAGAAAGAGCCCAGAUUCUUAGGGAGUACAACCACAAUUGGUGCGUCCGUCUUAGGAACCCAACAAACCACCAAACUGGUGUCAGUAACACCACUGCCCAGCAGAGUGGUUACUGAAACCAUAAUUCCUAAACAGAGAGAAGUAGUUAACCAGCAAAUCAAAGCAAACAGGGAGGAUAUUGGAUCUAACAAAACAAACAUGGGGAACAAUUUGCCUUCAAAUGCUGCUAAUAAAGAAUGUGUACCUGACAAAAGAAGCACUGAGCACCAAUUCUCAAAUAUAUUCUCCAAAGAACCAGUUGCUGCUAAGACAGUACCCAUGCUGCCACAUGAGCCAGUUACAGCUUCUAUAUGUUCUGCACAGUCGAGUACCUGCACCGUAUCUGCAGCUGAGCAAAGCACCAAAUGUAUACAGCAGCCCAGCACCAAAACUCAAAGUCAAACUGUAGAAAACAAGAUGAACUUACCCAGAACAGGUCUCUCUGCGAUACAACCUCAAGCACCAACUUUAGUAAACCCAUAUCCUGCAAAUACUUCACCACUGAGUAAACCCAACACAGAAACCAAACACCCAGACCUGUCAAUCAUUGCAACCAAAUCGCCUGGUAGAUCAGACACUAAAUCUCCAAUCAAAAGUGAGGCAGAACACUCAAAAGUGCCACCAAGAGAUCUCCAAAAGACAACCAAAAUCAACGAUAGCGUACUUGUUAACACACAGAGUAGCACGAGAACCAUUGGCCAACAUAAAGUUGUUCAAGGAAAAUGUUUCUACGCAAACUCAAGCAAAACUACAGCAGAGAUUAAACAAGCCAAUGAAACAACUCUUAGAAUGUCUGAUAAAGAUACAACACUUUUUAGCCAAGCUAGUAUUGAUGCCAAACCUCCAACUUAUGCUAAUAGUAGCACAGUCAGCAGCUCAUCAUUAGACAACCACAACUUGUUUUAUCCACAACUCAACCCUGAAAGAGUCAGUUUACUAACAGCAAAUGUGGAAGCGAAGAAUCUUCCUUGUAAACCUAUCACAGCAGAAGAACUUCAAUCAAAACAACCUUCUAAUCUUUCAACAGGAAAUGUAGCGCUGACCACACCAAGCGGUGAAACCAAAUUUUCAGACAAACACGGAUUGCUAACAGUCAAUACAUUUUCCACAGACACAGUCUCACUUGGACAACCAGGACAGGUCAGUAAACCAACGGUGCAGUCGAGCCCAACUAUGAGGCGAGUUGCACCACGUAGCCCUCGGCUGAGAACAGAGAGACCUGGUAGUCAGUCUGCAACCAAACUACCCAUUGAUGAAAACUCACUUUCUGGCUCUAUUGUCCAAACAAGAGUCCACACAAACUCUGAUUGUAAACAGAUUCCCAACCUUCUAGCUGAGCAAAGAUCAUCAGAAGCAUCCGCACCUCCAGUUACUAAAACUGCCGUAAAAGAAAAAUCACCUAUAAUCAAGCUAAUUACUGAUCGUAAAUCUUUAUCAAGUCCCACUCCAAGAACUAAGUACUCUGUGACAACCAGUGCUGAGUCAACAACUUCCAUUUCCACUGGUUGUAUAACAGCAGACAUAUCUAAAGUCAGCGUCGAACAGCAAAUCAUUACAAUGCCAGGUCAUAUCAUGUUGUCCGAAGAGAAUGUUCAAACUGUAGUGAGCUCGCAGUCUGGACUGAAACACUUCAGGCAAUCUGUCACUGAAACCAAGAAAUCUAUCGGACACACUGUAAAUACUCAAACUCUCUCAAAAACUGCUGUAAAUACCUACGCUACAACAAAUAUUCAGACUCUCAGUGAAGCCAACAGAGAUUUUAACACCCCAGUUAGCCCUCUUACAGUAACUAAACCUUGGACUGAAACAAGAGCCUCCCAGCGACCCGAGCCAAGAGUGUGUAGUACACCUAUACGAACAUAUACUCCGACCAUAGUUCAGGGCUCUCAAACUCCUGUGUCUUUAAACAGCACAACAGAAACGCUACCCUCAUCAGUCAUUAUGACGGAACAGAAAACUGCUCCAAUUACACUUCUUCAAAAUAAUACAUGUCCAAGUGCUGUUCCUUCUUUGGCUAAGUCAUUCACAGAGCGUAUCUCAAAACCAGAAAUAAAACCACCCAAGGACAAUUCAGUCCCUGAGGUAAAAGCACAUUCCCCAACACAACAGGUGAAAUCAAACAUAGCAUCAAAUUCUAGUAAGGAGGGAGAACUCCAAUCUACAGCUCCUGUUUUAACCAGUAAACCCACUUUAAAACCAACACUUCCCACCAACAUUUCCCCUGCAAAGCCAGCAACAGAUACUGACAUGAAACCGUCCAUAGUUAAAGCUGCUGUGAUUGACUCUGCCACUCCUGCCUCUCUGCCUCAGGCCUCAGUCUCAGUCAAAGCUCCAUCACCAAACAGAGGAACAUCACCGUCAUCUCAGCAAAAAGCUGGACUCAAAGACAAGGACGUUCCGAAGACCAAAACAACUCCGGCACAGACGAAAGCCCCAGCCGCCGAGCCCUCCACGAAGUCAAUGACAUCAACUGCAUCUUCAAUUGCUGAUAAGAAGGUUGUUACAGCAGAGACACCCCUUCCAUCUGCUGAGCCAAAGGCAGCCAAGAAGCCGAAAGGCCUUAAGGGUAAGCUCAGCGGAUGGACACGGCUCAAGAAACACAUGGUUGUCGAGCCAGAGGAACCACAGUUUCCAGAGACGGAGGCCAAUUCUCAGGUCAAUGACAGUGGCAGCAACGAGAAAACAGAUGUAGGCGGUAGCGAUAAAUCGUUGCCUGACCAGUGUGUCAGUCAGGAUGUGGUCCAGAACAAAGAAGCUCCCAGGGCGUUGAAGAUGUGGGACGCCCUCCUCUUUCAGAUGUUCUCCACAAAAGAGCGAAUAAUGCAACAGGUCAACGACACCAAGAAAGAUUCAGAAGAGAAAAAGGCCCUGAAAGACAAUCCAGCAGAAGUCCCCUCUUUUGUCAGUCGCCUGCCAAUUUUGCUCUACAGCCCCCGAUUUGAUGCAAGGAAGCUUAAAGAGGCAGCGGAGAAGCCGCUCACGAAAAUAGCAGCUGUGUUUGAAAGGGGGCUGAUAAAACGCAAGUCUCAGGAGGACGAACGCAAGGACUUCAACAGAAAAGCUCGAGGAUUUGGUUCGUCGAAAAAUGCGGAUAUGUAAAAUGAACUGGAGCUUUGAGAGUGAAGAGUGAUUUGUCUGUUCAGUGAUUUAUUGUGAAAUUGGUGCAAUGAUCUCAGAAAACCGAGAGAGGCUCAAACGAAAAAGAAUCACAUAGCGAGAGUUUGGAAGAAAAUAGACGAGAAACAAUUUCUGCAAUAGAAAAAUAAUGGAGUUUAUUUGAUAAAUCAGUUAUUGAUUCCUGGUUAAUCUACUGUUUCAAAUUAUUUGAGCAAGAGUUUUUCCAUUGGUAAUUAUACGAAAAUGAAAUGUGUUGGUGAAAUGAAUUCUUGCACAUUCUCAGUAUGGGUUAAAACUUCUAGAUGGGAUUCAGGGCGUCUUUGCACUUUUAAUGAUAUUAAAAAAAAUUACAAAGAAAGCAAAGAACUCUGAAGCUCUUACUUGGCUGGAUUUUCUUGUUUCGUUUGACGAUGGCCUUGGUUGGAUGUAGUGUUGAAUGCAUGAUCUGUAGAUACUUUGAUAGAUUAACGACCGUUUCAUUUGUCAUGCUCCACCUUUUUCUAUUUUUUCUAAACAAAGUUGGGCUGAUAGAGCUCACACCGCUGGUAGGCAGUUUUCAUCUCUGUAAUAAAUAGGGCUUUUACAUUCCUGGAACAACAGGGCAGAUGGGUUUAGAGGAUGAGGAACAGUGAAGGGUUAAAGUCUCGUCAGAACAGAUUAAGGUUUCCGAAAGUCGGUUGUGGAUGGAAAUGUGGUGGGACCUGUCCGAGCUUUCAGUCAGGGCAGAAAAUACUGAGGCUGGUGCAUCUUGGGACGAAGCAGCGCGUUUCCAAAAACCAGAAAAGGCCGUGACAGCUGGAGAAAGAUKCAUGUGAAAGUAACAUUUCAUGGCUUUUGAGGCUUUAGCAGAGUAUUAGCAUGUUGCUAUAGAAGUUAUUGUGACUCAAUGUGGGAUUUUAAAAUGUGUUGUUUUCCAUGAGAUGACCAUCGUGAUGUGGAAUUUCUUUUAUAAGAGGGGAACUUAUAAGCUAACUACGGCCCCAUUUAUUGCUUCAUCCAUGUUUUUGUUUACUGUGUGAUUUUAAAAAUGCAUAAA